AUGGAUUUCAAAGGUAAUAAUAAAACAGAACCAAUUUAUCCACCAAUUCAAAAUACAGAAAAUGAGACUAAAGAACUUCCAGAGAUAACAAAUUCAUUAGAAAAUGUACAAGAAGGUACUAAACAAACACAACAAAAAAAUUUUAGUUUUGAAGAUGAAACAAAAAAAGAAGAAGAAGAAAUAAGUAAAGAAUAUACAUUAGAAAAUGAAGAAUAUAAUGAAGAAACUAAAAAAAUAGAAGGAAAUGAUUUAUUAUUUACAGGAAGUUCUAUCAAACCAAAUUCUACCGAAGUUAGCUCAAUUAUUUAUCCACCAUCAAUUCAAGAUAAAAUCAAUACAAAAGAAGAAAAAACAGAAAAAAAGAAAAAUCAAAAUAAUAAAUUAAAAAAUGAAUGGAAAAAAUUAAAGAAGAGUUUAGAUUCACACCAAAAAAAGAUUAUUGAUGCUUAUAUUGAUUAUAAAGUUGAAAAAAAAGUUAAUAAAAUUAUACAACAACCACAAAAAGAUGAUACUUUUAAUCAGUUUGAAAUAUCUAAAAAAAAUUUCGAAGUUAAUGAAAAAAAAAUAAAACAUUUUAUUAAACAACAACAAAAAGAUAUGAAACAUUUUAUUCAAAAACAAAUUUCAUAUCAAAGUAUGAUGUAUCAAUAUCCUUAUUAUUAUUAUCCUUAUUGUUAUUAUCCUCAACCUUAUAAUAUAAAUGGUGAUUCUCCUUAUUUCUUCAAUCAAUUUAAUUCAAUUGAACAGCCACUAUCUUAUAAUCAUCAAUAUUGUUAUGGUAAAACUUGUUCUUGUGUAACCCAAAAAAAUCAACAACAUACACCAACACAUCAAUUUUCAUCAGCUCCUAUUCAGAAUGAAGUUGAACAAACACUUCACCAAUCAUCUGUCCAUUCUUCUUCUUCUUCUCAAAGCAUUAACUCAGACAAAAAAUUGGAAAGUCAAACCAAACAAGAAAUUGAAAAUUUAUUUCCUCACUCCUCCUUUUCAAGUACCACAAAUCCAACAGCCUAA